CUUCUGACUGUCACCGUUUAUUGUAUGGAUGUGGUUUUAAAUAUUCACAAAAAUGUGUUUCGUCUACACAAAGACGAGAAUUUUAGCAAUAAAAGCUAAAUAAAAAGCCAUAAAACAUGGCAUUCUUCGCCCUUCUAUGGAAGGCGCGAACUAUAGAAAAAUAUAGACUCAACUAUGAAAAAGAGAAGAUCAAUUCGAUAAUGGUGGGACCCACGCAGAUGGAACAAACGUUGUCCCAGAGAUGGCGACACUAUCGACAUGACACAAAAAAGCGAAUAUCAAGGACCUUCCAAAAAUGGUAUCCUGAGGGAAGUGGAGUCGCAAAGUUCUUCUUAUACUUGAGAACAGAUCAGACAUUUCCCAAUUUCCUGUUGAAAAGUGUGUUGGGAUCUGGGGGCAUAAUACUGACGUAUCUUUGUUUCAUGUUCUUUGUGUUCCAACUGUCGAUAUCGUUGAUACACGCGACUAUUAUGAGUUCCAUUAUUGGAGUGCUCUUGACUUUGGGCUUGGCUUUUAGCUAUCGGAUUAGAUGCCUAGUAUUCCUGCUGAUUCCUCAGUUUUUCUCCCGGGUUGGAAGGUACACCCUUACCUGUUACGCUCUGGUGCUGAUCCUGACAGGUCCAGCUACCAAUACACUGAAGAAUUCCGAAGUGCUGUCGGAAUCUAUGGCUUGUAGUCAAGAGCAGAUAAAAAACAGCGUCCACCAAAUAAACGAUUUCAUGAAGAGGCCUUUCAACGCCCUGAAGGACUCCUUGAAGCUGAUGGUAGACCGCCUGAAGAUGAUCACGGCGAGGGUUAAGGAGACGAUCAUCAGGAUAGAUAGACUGGUGUUGAGUGUUGUAAGCGUCAUACAUUCUUCCUUCGCUUGGUUGCAAUCCGUCACCGAUAUUUGCAACGAGAAUCUCGGAACUCCUUACGAGAGAUGCCACAAUGCUAUGGCUGAAGGGAUAGCAGACUGCGAGAAGACCUUAGGACCUGAUAUUUCGCAGAUGUGCCACGUGGCGUAUGUGGCACAAGCUGCUUGUUAUUCAGUGAAACCUUUCGCGGCUUUCUGUUAUGCAACCGAUUUUGUAUUGGAUGAAGCCGUUUUGGUCGGUGUUAGGAAGAAACUAAAGAACUUCUCGGAGCACAUGCGAGCGAUGUUCCACGUGGAAGUCCACAUGAGUCACGCUUACUCCUUCAGCAGCAACACCAGCAGGUCUGCCAGUCAGGUCGCCGCUGGUAUCGUCACGGAGAUCAGGAACAGAGCUGAUCCUCUGCUUACCUGGUUGUCUUGGAGCUCUUGUGUGACGAGCUUGUUCCUGCUGCUUAUUAUAUUCAGAGCAAAAUACUACCAACACAUGUAUGAGACCCGCUCGAGAUUUGACAAUCGUUAUGUAACCAAAGAGUUACAAGAAUUAGAUCUGAAAAGGCAGCGUCAAGGCAGAGAAACGGUCCUGCCUUUGAACAGACGAGAACGUGCCAAAUAUAUCACAACAACGUCUUUCCGUCUCGUGGCUUCAGAGAAGGUCUAUCUGAAUCGUUCAGCAGUGUUCAUGGCUAUAACUACCUUCAAGCUACUGAUACAUAUGGUGGCUGACUACAGUUUGUAUUGGGUGUUGAUGACCAUACGUUACCAUGGGAGGUACCACACUGAUAUGAUGCCGGGUAUGCCCCACACAGGUGCUCAUGUGACUGGCACUGGCUUCGUGGCUAGACUGUUCAAGUCUAUAAUAGGUGUUCUAGAUAUACCACUGAAGUUCACACCACCUUCUCCUAUAUCGUGCUUGCCGGAUCCUUAUCCGCCUGAUUUGAGGAGGUAUACUCAAAUUGGAGUCCUAAUCUUUCUACUAUGGUUCUUCGCUCUAUUCGAACCAUAUGGGCUGCGACUACGUCACCUGAUCAUGGGACACUAUAGACCCGAGCGUGCCAAAGCUAGAGCUACAUGGCUGUAUAACCAUAUCUUGAGGACACGAGCCAGCUUCAUGAAGUUUGCCAGAAGGAAACUGCAUCGUGAGUACAAGUAUACGUCGGAGGCUUCACUUACGUUCCGACAGUGGGUCACUCGCCGUGUACCUUUUCAGUGCCUCAGAUGUUUGCUCGGAUUGGGUCCAAGUGAAGACCAUUGCUUGUUGUGCGGAACUACAGCUUCUUCCAGCGAUCCUGACUCUCGAUUAACGAAGUGCGAAACCCCGGGCUGCCCAGGUACAUUCUGCAUAAGUUGUUUCACAGACAUUGGUGAACUGUGUACCAUCUGCCUAUCACCCGCUGAUUAUGGUGACCUCAGUGAUGUCAGUUUCGAAAAAGGUUCUACAGACGAUGAUAGUGACAGCGAUGCUGGAAUUUAUGACGAUAGACACUCUUUAAAUGCCAUGUAUAUGAGUGAUAGCAGUCAUUCCACAAAAUCUUCUAGCAGCGAACACAACAGUAGAUGGCAUUAUUUUACUAGAAGUGGAAAUAAAACAGGGCCUUUUGACGCAAUUGCCUUAUUACAUGCCAAUAAGUAUGAAAGAGACAUUAUCACAAACUAUUUCCUUAAACAGUACAGAACCAUGAAAAGUAAUAUGAAAAUACGUUGUUGGGAUAAAAAGUAUACUCUGGAUUGGGUCACGAAACACACUUCUGAAAUUUUGUAUGAAGAAUUAGAAGCUGAAGAAAAUUAUCACUCUUAUUCAAUUGAACAAAUUGCUGAAUUUGAUAAAGUAGCCAAUAGAACAAAAUCUGUCGGUGUUAAUACUGAUAGAAAUCGCGGUGUCAUAUUAAACAUGUUACUCAAUAACUUUCGUACACGAAAACUAAAGACGAGUAGGAAUAAAAAGAAAAAAGAUAAACCAAAUCAGAAACAAUACACAAAGUUAUCUCACACUGAAAAUGUAAAGAGACCUAAUGUAAAGACCCAUACCCACCAGGUAUUAGAAUACAAUAUCUUGAAUGUUCAUGUCAAAUCGUUGUUAACAUCUAAAUCGUUAAAUGGUCACAAUUUGGCAAUACGGCAAAGAAAUUUGAAAAGCAUUGUAAGAGGCAAGAAAGAUACCACAAGAAAAGAUAAACAGAAAGUGUACGAAGAACUAAAAGGUGUCAUUAAAGCAAUCAGACAAUUUCUUAAAUGUAAUGACGGUAAUGAUGAAUCCAAUCAAAACAACGAAGUUACUCCAAAUAAUAAUCCUAUUGAAGAAAAUCUCGAUGCUACUAAACCUAUAGACAACACUGGCAUUGACGAAAAGAAUAAUAAAAAGAAAGACUCCAAGAAAGAUAGCUUGAAAAAACCAAAAAAAUCGAAAGAUUUGAAUAAAUCUAAAACAAAGAACUCGCGCUAUAGAAUAGCUGCAUUUCACACGUUCUUCUCGAACCAUUGGAAUAAUUUUAAAUGCGCUAUAAUGCCUUGCACUGCCCAGAACAGAUCAGACAGUCCCAUAUCGAAAGAGAAAAAAAAUCAUAAACGAAGAAAAAAACGGAAAGAUAGCAUUGACUUGCAUGAAACGGACGUAGAAGAAUGUUUUGCGAGAAAGGAUAUUAAACAUACAAGAAACCUUAGAAUAUCAGCAUUUUUAGCUGAAUGGGAAUGGACCAAAAGGGAUUAUAGGAAAGAUAAGGAAUGUGAAGGAAAUGAUGAUUCUUUUUUCUUUACCGAUGGCCCUCCAAUAACGACCAAUAAGAUCAUCGGUAUGGUUCAACUAAAAAAUUUGCCAUUUCAAUGGCGGGAGGCACCGCACGCGCAAAGGAACGGUCCCAAAAUAAAAAUUGUUCAGCAAGAUAAAAAAGAAAAGCCAGAGAAACUAGAUAAAAAGGACAAAAAGGCCCCAUGUCCCAUCACACACCAGUCCGACAAAUAUUUAAAGAUAUUCACGCCUCUACCCAAACAUAAACCGGAUAAACCUAAAAAGGAUAAAAAGAAUAAAAAAGAAAAAAAAGACAAAAAGGACAAAAAAGAUAUAAUAAAAGCUCCAUGUCCCAUCACACACCAGUCCGACAAAUAUUUGAAGAUAUUUACGCCUUUUUCAAAACUUGCAGAAAAGGUCUGCAGCAAGAAAACUGUAGAAAAAGUUCGCAACAAAGUGAGCAUCGUGCCAACGCCACCUUCUCUACCACAUUCCAGUUUCUUGCACAAAAUGAUGAGUUCCUUGAACCUUGCUCGAGACAAAAGUUUUCCUAGAGAUGAAACUUCAAUUUGCUUAUCGAAACGAGCUAGUUUCUAUCGGCAGUUCACUAAAGAACUGACUCAAAACUCUGACGUCAUGGCCACUGACAUGUUAUUCAAAAAUGAAAAUUUCUCAAAUGAUUUUGCAGAGGACCCCUCCGAGUUCAUUGCGACUUCCAAAUUUGCAUUUAGCGACAACUUACUGGGAUCAGAAUUAAUCAUUUCUCGAUGUUCCAAAACUAAGAAGAAGGUUUCCAAACGCUGCAAAUGUGGGGCUUACGAUGAUCUGCAGAAGAAAUGGGCUCAUGUCAAACAAUGUUUAUCGGAGUCAGGGUGCAAAAACCCACUCGGGUUGAUGAAGAAUUUCUGCUCCUCCUUAUUUGGUCCGUCUUGUACCAUCGAAACUUGUCCAAAUAAAAAGAAAAAAUGCAAAGAAAGAAAGCCAAAACCGCCAAAACCGCCGAAACCGCCGAAACCGAGGAAACCAAAAAGACCUAAGAAGACGUGUGAAAUGAGAAAAACUUGUGUUACACAAACAGAAAGAUCAUGCAGACCUGCGAAGCCAGAGGCCGUUCAAACUCAGUGUUGUAGAGACAAUGAGACACAAUUAGAUGACUCAGAAAUAGAAAGGGAAGCUGAAGAACAAAGGUUACAGAGGGAAAGGGAGGAAGAAGAGCGGAGGUUAGAGAGGGAGAGGCAAGAGUUUGAGAGGGAGAGGCAGAGGUUACAAAGGGAGAAGGAGAGGUGUGAGAGGGAGAAGGAGUUAGAAAAAUGGAGGGCAGAAGAACAGAGGCUAUUAGACCAGAAGAUAGAAGAACAGAAAAAAAAGCUUGACAAUCUUGAAAAGAGAAGUUCUGUCUGUGUAGCAGAAAGGCAAGACCUUAAAGAGUGUUUUAAGAGAGAACGGGAGAAAAUGAUGGCAGAACUCAGGGAGACAAUGGCUAAAAAAGUGAGCAUUGGAAUGCAUGCUAUACCUGAGACUACAACCGGGGGCUGUCAAGCUGGUGACUGCCCCAAUAAGUUCUGCAAUAAGGAAAGUCAGUACGAUAAGACAGAUGCAAAGCAAGCAAGGAAGAGGAAACCAAUCAGAAAAGCAAGUCCUAGGAGCAAAGCCGUUGGAUCCCUGAAGUGUCUUUGCAAUGCGUCGGCGCAAAGCAGCGCUACUAGGGGAGCACAACUAUGCACUUGUGCAACCCAGCACUCGGCAACUGAUUUGGAUAUUACGACCACAGCCGUCAUGGUUAGCUCCGGUAAUUUCUACGGGAUGAGUGACUCGAAAACUCGAAUGGCCAAUAAGAAGAUUCAACAUAGACAGAUGGCACAUAAAGAUUCUGACACCAAUGUGCUAAUAGACCGAAGUGAAAAAUUAUCCCUCGAAAGCAGCCUAUGUGUGUUAAAACCUAGCGAUACAGUAGAAGAUGCUAUUGAAGACAGCUACAUGCUAACAGAAACUAUAACUGAUGAUACUUCAUACGGCUCCAUUUCAUACAGAAGCGAUGAAACCAAAACAGAUACGACCAUUUGUAGCCUAGCAGCCGUCGACUACGAUGAUUCACCAAGACGAAGAAAAUUCAGGGUAAAAGUCGUUACCAAAACCAACCAAGCGACACUUACAGAUAAAACCAGACUUUGUGAUACAGGCACCAUCACUAAUGACUGGUGGAGCCCUCUAGUUGAAAGAAGAGGCAAUGAUGAAAUACUUCUAGAAAAGAAGCAAGGGUACAAUACUAUUGAGAAGAAAGAUUUGAAAGACAUGAAGGAGUUGAAAGAGUCGAAAGAGUUGAAGGAAGUUAAGAGGAAGAGGAAGAAUUGUGGAGUGACUACGGACGGUAGGAUUGUUACUUUUAGAAGCAGGACACAGAUUAUACCGGCCGGUCUACUCCCUGGAAUGAAUGACAUCAUGUCACCAUCUCGGUACCUUUUAGAGAGUCAGAAAUACUACAACGAACUAUUCGCCUACAACUUCCGGAUACCUCAAGGGGACUAUUUCGCUCAGAUGCCGAAAUAUCAGGACAGAGAGAAGGCCAGAUCGCCUUUGGGAAGCCGGAGAAAUCACCAUCGCAAAACGAAGAGGCUCGAUGAAUGCUACUCUCCUAGACGACAGGUGUCCCCACGGAAACGUCAUACAGAGUCCACUAAGACAUCUGAUUCUCCUCGCCGAAGACCCUACGCUCAUUGCUACUCCAACAGGCAUUACGUAAAAUAUAAUUCUCCCAGAAAAUUAAUAUAGUAGUACUAAGAAGAUAGAAACGAGCACGAAAAAUAAAGCAAACUUCACGAAACUAAUGGAAAAGGAAAAUAUUAUUCCUUUCAAAAUAUUCAGUAAAAUAACAAAGUUUUUUAUACUUAUUAUCCAAGUGUGUUGGUAAUGUCAGUUGUCUGGUAUUGUUCUAAAUUAUGCUGUGAUUAUGAUUAUGUACUUAUUUUUGGAUGACAAGUAAAGUU